AGUUUGCUUCACCGAGAGAGCAUUUCGCGGCGCGUCCCCUGCAAACGGAGCGAUAACUGCUGCACGCAGCUUCCCGUGCCAGCUCCCAGGGUCCAUGUUUUGUUAUGAUAUGUCGUGUAGGAACACAGAAGCAGCAGCAGCAGCAAGGGCAAGGAACGCUGACCGAGUAUUGGCGUAGUUUUGUGAGGUAGCGAUCGUGGUAUAUUGUCCCAUUCGUCAUCAGCGUUCGGUGUGCGUGUGUGUGUGCGCGUGUGCCCAUGAAUUACGUGAGUGGUUCUGUCGGUGUCCUCGACUACUACGUUCGAAGCAUGGCAACUGACGGCUAACAGUGACGAGCAGCAAGUUUUUGGAUGGAUAAAUGAUCAAUCUCCGAGCAGCAGUUCCGUUCGUGUUUCGUGUUUGGCGAAAAAAGUAAAAAAUACAUCCUCAACCACAAGAAAAGAAAAGCAAAACAAAGUUCGAGUGCGCGAGUGUAACCUGUGUGUGUGUACAGUGUUUCUCUCUCUCUCUUGCUCUCGCUGUGUUUCGGUGUGUUGUAUGGUUGUAAAAAUUGGCCAUAAAUGCUCUCACGGGGAGUGAAAAUUUUCUUCACGAAAACGACGUAAACCCGUUCAUCCCCCCAACCUCCGUUUCCCCCAUCCACACACACACAACGACGACGGGAGGGAAAACCUCGUCGCAAAGGAAGCAAAGCCAAAAAAAGGUCCGAAAUAAUACUAAAAAAAGUGAAGGGGCACAUACAACACACACACAGCAACCCGUGUGUGUGUGUGAGAGUGUGUGUGGGGCUACACCGGAAUCAGACGGUGGAACGAAUCGACAUCAGAAACGGAGAGUAAGCAGGGCUAGUCGAAAAAAAAAAACUCGUAGUCACAUUGCUUGGUUUUUCUUUCGCGAAAGAAAAUAUAAGCAAACCCCCGCUUUGGGCCUCAUCAUCCCCCCCUUUCUACCCGGUUCUGCUCUGGUUGAUUGCCAUUUUCCACGUGUGUGAGCGCGCGCGAAUGUGUGUAUGUGAAGAGUGAUUUAGCUGGGAGGUGAGGAAGCGUGGGAAAAACGAGCAAUAGAAUAGAACGCCCCGCGUAUCCAGUGCGUGCAAGGAUAACAGUGUCCAUCCUUAUCGUGACAGCUUUACGAGAGAGCGAGAGAGAGCGAGUGUGAAAGAGCGAGUGAGAGUAGUAGACGCUGUGUGGUCCUUCAUCAUCGAUGCCAACGAAGGGAAUUGCAAUCGAAGGAAGCCAUCACUAGUCGCGAAAGCCGCUGCUGCACAUCAUAAUUGCACAAAAGAAAAACAAAACAACGAAGCGCACAACAGUGAGCGAAGAAAACAGUAUCGGAAAAUGCACAAAUCAGCCGGCUGGAAUGAUUUAACCCUACCGCGGCUGUAACCCACGACCCCUCUGUCGCACAAUCAUUGCGUUCGUACAAUCAUCGCACACCCAACCGGUACACAUCAUUUCAUCAGACAAGGGAACAGUAUCAAUCCAAACUGGCUGCCUCACAAUGUGGGGCCAGGAUUCCCCUGAGCCCCAACACUCAGGCGACAAUCGAGAAGCAUUUGCCGGGUCUGCCGAGCAAGCGAUUGCUUAUGCAGCAGGCCUCUAAAAUCACAGAAAAGCGAGACGUUGGAUGCAUAACUGAAGUAUGCAGCGCCGAAGACCUACCCGAGGUGGAGAUUUUCUCCUUGCUCGAGGAGCAAAUCCCACGGUACAAGAUCCGGGCGGACACGACUACCACCUUCGGUGGGUACGAAAAUCAGGACUGGUUCGUGCAGUAUCCAGCGCUACCGAUACCGACGGAAGGGCUCGGCCUGACGACGGAACAGACGCGGGAAGCACUUAACUAUUUCCUCCUAUGCGGUAACCGAGUGAGCCAAAUGACCCGCGCGUACGAUGACAUAGAUGCCGUAACGCGCCUGCUGGAAGAGAAGGAAAAGGACCUCGAGCUAACGGUGCAGAUUGGCAAGGAGCUGCUAGCGCAGAACACGCACCUCGAGAACCGGGUCGCCGAGCUGGUGCAGGAGCUCAAGACGACGAACGAAAACCGGGCGCAGCUCUCGCACGAGCUGCAUCAGAAGAUCGAGCUGAUCGGAAUACUGACGAACGAUGCCGACGACACCAGUGAGAAUGUCACACCGACGGCAUCGAAGUCGAUCAACCUGGAGCUGCUGCAGCGGAAGGUUAAGCAGCUGGAGGACGAAAACAAAUCCCUGCGCACCGAAACCGCCCAGCUAGUGAAGGAGACGGACGAGUGCGAGGAGCAGGAGCGCAGGCUGAUGGCGGACAUCGCGAACCAGCUUACCACGGCCAACAGCGAGUUUGACGGUUUAAAUUUGGAACUCGAACGACUGAAGGAGGAAAACCGGCUACAGCAUGAGCAGAUCAUCAGCCUUACCGGGCGGCUCGCGGACGCCGAGAUACGGCUCCAUCAGCUGACCUCCGAAAACGAGGAAGCAUCGUCGCUGCUCAGCAUCACCAAAGAAAACCAAAACCUGCUGGCGGGCGAGCUGGCCGAGUUCAAGCUGCGCUACCAGGAGGUGCUGAACCUGCUGCAGGAGGCCCAGGAGCAGCUGCGCCGGCAGCGGAAACGCUCCCAGCCGCUCGCGCGCAGCUCGCUCAUUCCCGGCAUUACGGGAAUGCCGGCUGCGCCCGAUUCGCUCCAGUCGGAGCUGAUGGAAACGUCCCUCUACUCGGAGCACAGCCUCGACUCGGGCAUCGAUUCGGUGCGGGGCGGUAUCGGUGGUGGCGGCUCCAUGAUGGGUGGCAUGAUGACCGGCUCCCAGCAGCAGGUUCCCGCCUAUCGGAAGGUGUUCGAGACGGUCCGCUCGGCCAGCCGGGCGAAUCCGAACGGGUUCAGCGAUAGUUUCUCGCAGCUCGGUUCGAUGACGAUGAGUUCCUCCUCGCAGCCGCGCAUGGCACCGUACGUUUACCCCGGACUGGGCGGUACGACCGGCAACGGCAGCGGCGUCAGCAAUGCGGGCAUCACGACGAUGACACACUCCUACAAGAGCGGUUCGUCCGUGUACAGCACGAUGUACGGCGGUGGUGGCGGCAGUUCGCUCGGUGGACGAACGUACUCGCGCGAAAGUCUGACCGCCGACUCGGAGGAUGGCUAUCCGGGUCCAGCCCAAACAGGCAUCCCGGGUGCGCCGGGCGCGAAGGAUCUGGAAGCGGCCCUGAAGCGUCUUACCCCGGCGGAGGUGCUAGCGAGACGGGCGAUGCUGCAGCACGCUCCGCUCGGCACGUACAGCUACGACGAGCAGCCUGCGGGCAUUCCGCUCGGCUGCCGCACACCGGACAGUAUUAUGUCGACCGGUUCGUCGGGCCUGUCCGGCCUGUCGUCGUCGUCGGCCGCCGGCAACGGCCAGUGGCGCCUUCCGGAGAAGCUGCAGAUCGUGAAACCGAUCGAGGGCUCGCAAACGCUGCACCACUGGUCGCGGCUUGCCACGCCCACCCUGAGCGGGCUGCUCGAGGAGCGGCCGGGCGUGACGAUACGCGGUGGCCGCGGGCUGGACGAGCUGGGCCUGCAAACCUACUCGCUGUCCGACGUGGAGGAGGACGAAGACACGGAAGACCAUCCGGGCAAGCGGUUCCAAUCGUUCGGCUGCACCUACACGUACACCAACAGCACGGUGCUGCAUCCGGACGACGGUACGACGGCGGUCACGUUCAGUUUGCCACCCUCGCAAAUGUCCUCCCAGAUGACGUCCGAGUGUCCGACGCGACAGCCGACCGCACCGUCAACGCCCCGCUCCAGCCUGUCGCGGCGCAACUCCUGCUCGACGUUCAGCGUGAACAUGGGGCUGGCGUCGAUGCUGAACGAGCGUGGCAUUAAAGCCGUUACACCGAGUGCCCUUAAUACGCCCGCCGGGCCCAACUACUCACCCACGGUGACACCCUGCAAUAGUCCUGAUGGUUCACCCACUCGUUCAAUGUCUCCGGAACCGCCGCUCCUAUCCGGGCUGCUCGCCUCGACGGCCGACAUCCUGCGCAAGCGGUUCGUCGCCUCGACCGGCGGCCAGCACAGUUCCGCCGAUCCGGCCGAUCGUCCAUCGAGAAUAAUGACCCGCAACAAGGUCGCGCUGUCGCGGCUGGAAAAGAAAGCACUUCGCUCGAUCAAGAUCAUGGAAAAGGUGGAAAGCAUCGGGCUGGAGAACAUUAUGCUACCGCCGCAGCAUCCACCGGGUAUCAGUCCGCUUGCCCUGCACGGCACCUCGGCCCUCUACACGGCAGCCGCGUCCGGUCGCGGCCGUAGCCCGAUGGCACAGCUUACCAGCCUCAAACACAUGCAGGACCAGCGACGCAAAGCUCAGCAGCAGCAGGCGGACGAUCUUGUAACGAUCGACAAGGAAACGAUCAAAGCGGUCCUAACGAAGGGUCUGUCGCACGACAGCCUGAAGAGCAUGGCUUCCUCGUCCGGUGCGAGCAGUGGCAUCAGUACAGCGAUGUCCUCCGACUCGGACAGCUCAUCCGUGGCGAGCUUUGACUCGGAACCCCGCACCAAGGACACGACCAGCGGUGCCAGCUCGGCUGCUACCAACACCAAUACCGCCUCCCCAACGACAGCGGCCCGGCUGAAGCAGAUGCAGCGGCAGAAGUCGCGACGCAAUCUACUGAACGGUGCGAACGGUGGCUCCCAGCGGCCGGAUCUUGGCACGGUGAACGGUUCCAGCCGUCCCGGAGUACGACCAGACCUUGGCACAGUGGGCAGUAAAGCAACGGGCAAAACUGGUGGCAACAACAACACCGGUGGAAGUGGCAAGGACAGUCGCAGCAAACAGCAAUCGACGGCAACUGCUGCAGCACCGGCGGUUAAGGAAGAAAGCCGUUCACUCGGUCAGAGUGUGUACGGUACGAUCAGCUCGUUGCUGUUUGGCCGCAAGGGUGGUUUGCUGUAAGAACACUAACGAGAGCAGUGAAGGACACAAGGACGACCGCGGCAGGCACAGGAGUACAUGCGCGGGUCCGGCUGAAAAAACCCCUUUUUAUUGGUAGCCGUCACAGUUUACAUCCACCUUUUUUCGUAUAAUUUUAACCUACAAACAGAUUAUUUCCUAUAUUCAUUUAGUGUGCCCAUCAUAUCCUUGUUCUGUAAAGUUUUAGUACAUCCCCUAGUGCGCAAGCAAGACAAAAAAACACACACGCACAUAUUCUACACAAUAAUACCUCCCAAAUGGCAACAAUUACCCCGCGAGGAAAAGUUAUUUUGCAUACCUUCAGGGGGCGAAAUCCAAUAAGAAUCCUUCUAUUUGCCGUGCGCGCUCGCUGAGAGUAAAACAGAUACACCUUUUCUCGCUUCCCUCGUUUUUGGAUGGAAAACAGGAAUGCGGGCUCUCCCCCUACACCACCUAAAACCAUUCAAGCAAGCAAGGAAUUACGGAAAAUCAGGCUAACUCUCUCGUAUGCACAACACUGCCGGGUGCUGGUUUUUUGUUUGUCCAGUUAGAAACUUCAGUAUUUGUUCGACAUUAGUCCUUUCUUGGUGCUUUUCCACUCUAUUUUCGGUGGCAGCUCAGUGUUACUAGCAGGCUUAAAGUGUAGUCAAAUUACGAACAUUCCGGUGCUCACCCAGUGCCAGGCCACUGAGAACUGAUAUAUAAACCAUCGCUAAAUAAAGAUGGUGUUUAGAAACUGUAGGCAACAUUUCUUUAGGAAGCUUCCAUUUCCCAAUUAUCCCGAGAGAUUUUUUUCUUAUUUCUUUCAUAAAUCACUGUCCAUGUUUUCCCUUGCAAAUUUUCCCUCCAUGCUUUUUAGGAUAACAUUUUUCGAAUUAAAUUAUCUCUAACUAGUCUUGCUAUUGCCUCAAACAAACGUGAUGAUGAGAGAGGAAUGCUGAUUUUAGGAAGCUUUUUCGCUGCCUACUUGAUCGCUGCAACGUUGGCAAGCUUACGGUUUGGGUGGCGUUUAGGGAGGUUUAGGAGCCGCAUGGUAGAUUGAAGCUUCAGUUCCUGCCCUUUCUGGUGUAGUCGACACGGAUUUUACGUACACGUCACAAGCAUAAUGUGAAAUGAUUUACUCUUUUUUUUUUAAUCAGACUCCAAAAGUAUCUUAUUUUUUCUAGUCCAAUGAACAACGAAUACACAUUUCAUUUUCUAUUUCCCUGUUCUAGAAGCUGUUUAAACGCCCUCUAAUGCAGUACUGUAAAAAUCUUUCUUGCUGAUCGUACAUCAAUACAAACUCUCUCACACACAAUUGAUUCAAGUCCGGUUCCGACCCUUUCCGCAAAACAAAACAAAAAAAAAACACUCUUAAGGAAAAGCUCGUGUAAACCCAUCGAUGGACGAAUCAAUGAGAGGUAACAGGCAAAGCUGUAAAUUAGAAGACAAUCCCCAUUUCAUGUGCGGUAAUGAGAUGAACUCGCUCGGCUCUUAUCGUACUUCCGCAGUCUUUGUUUAGCAUCCUUUUUUCUCUCAAGCUUUGGAGAAAGGAUCAGCACAAUCUGUACGCACUGUUUUGCUAACUGUACACUGUUCAAAGCACCACUUUCUUAUACAUAUAUCGGCAAAUUACGAUAUAGCUUUAUGUAAGACAACACCACUCCCUGUAGAACUGUAACAACAUCUACAUCUUUCUGCCUAUUUUUACAACAAUGCAGUCACAUAGGGUACAUUCUGGAAGAGCAAAUCGAUCAGUGAAGGGAUAAUACAGUGCUGCAAUUAUAGGGUGAAGUAACUCUAACUUUAUUUAAAAAAUACUUUCUUUCUAUACUCUAUUUAAUUUGAUAACAGAGGGGUACAGGAGAGAUUUUGUGAGUUAAACGAGAUAAAUCUGGCGAUUACUUUAGCUAUUUUUCCCCUCUAGAUUUUCUUUUACCUCUGUUCAGCUGAGAGCUUUUAGUAGCCUCGUAGUGUAGAUAGAGAAAAAGUGGUACUAAACAAAAUGCUUGUGAAAAAAGGAUAUUAUUAGAGAGCUCGUUAGUAGCUGCACAACAAGUAGCUGGUUUCGCAUUGAACCAAAAAAAACAUAAGAAACGCGGAGAAAUGGCAUAGUUUAGUUACGACUGGUUAUCACUCUUGUCCCUCUCGAUAACGAAUUGGCUUUCGUAGACUGUGUGAUUUGGAUUAGUUUUUUUCGGAAAAAACCUUUUUUUGGUUAGUAUGUACGCUCACUAUAACACACAAUAGAAAACGAAUUGAGCUGGUUCCUUUCGCGCGAAAGGUAAAGAAAAUGACUAUGUGAGAGAACGGCGCAUGAAGCAGCAGGGAUUGUUGAAUCAACUGUAUCUGUUUUUUUUUGUGUGUAUUGCUCUAUAAAGGAGUAAAAGAGAGAGGCCUUUCCAAAAAUGGGUUAAGUUUCGUUGUUGUGACUUUUUUGUGAAGCGUACGUAGGGAUCGUUGUAAAUAGAUUGAAGUGUUGAUAACACAUCACACCCCAUUUCUUACCCCGAAGCCUAUGAGGAAGAAAAAACGUCGUGCUACUUUAAAAACCAAUGGUGGAUAAGUUGGAAACAAAAAACACAGACAGACGAGAAGACUAUUAAACAGAUUAAAGAAAGCUUACAUCAACCUUUCCCCCUCUCCCGCAGAAUGCUACUGGCUGUUGUAGAUAAUUAUUAAAAUAGUGCGCAAAAACAACACACAAAACACAAUACAAACAAAGUGAAACUAAAUUACAAAAAACAUAAUAUAACGACGACAAGGGAUAAAAGUGGGAGGGAAAAGGAAAGGUUGUGUUAAUUGUGUGUGUUUCAACCAAGAAGCAUCACAAGGAAUGGAUAAGCAAAGAAUGGAUGCGUGUGUGAAAUGAAAACAGAUUGUUGUUACACAUUGCAAAAUAGUUGUAACGAAAGUAAGAAAGAGAAUGUUAAGUAUUUAUUUUUAUAUAGAACAAAGAAGGUAAUAAAAUAAAUCAAUAAACGAUGAAAACGAAAACAAAA